ACAAAAACGAAAAGUCCAAACCCUGACCGUAACCAUCUGCUCAUGGUGAAAAUUAUCACCCCUGGAUCCGGACACAGAACAUCUGGAUAGCACAUCCCAGAGAGCCUUUAAGACGCAGGAAACAUUGAGAAGUUCCACAGAGUCUGACUUCAGGAUGAGCUCAGCACAUGUUCUGCAGGCUCUGUGCCUGCUGAUGGUUUUCUCCACAGUCAACGCUCAGCACGGCUACAUGUAUGAUACCAAUGAGGAGUGGGUGAAUACCUGGCGCCAGGGCUUUAACUUUCAGUGUCCACACGGUGAAGCCUUAGUGGCAAUCAGGAGCUACUUUAGUGAGAAGGAAGGCUCGGACCGCCUAUGGAACUUUGAGUGCCAGAAGACUCCCUACGACUGGGGAGAACCUAACGAAUGCUGGUGGGACGAUAUCAACAGAGCCGGGUUGGAAUGGUCCUCAGUUUGCACAAACAAUGGGCUGGUUGCUGGUGUGCAAAGUAAGUACUUUGAGGCGGUUCUGGAUCGAGAAUGGCAAUUCUACUGCUGUCGAUAUGCCCGCAGAUGCCCAUAUUCCUGCUGGAAGACGAAUGAUGUUCCAGAGUACUACAGAGAAGAGGGAGAGAUGGUAAUCCCCAGUUACGGCUACUUCAUAAGGGGGGCUCAAACUACUUUCAGUGGUGUACUGAGGGAUCGGCAGUGGAAGUACAUCUUGUGCCGAAUGACAGACUUUGAUUGUCAGUUUGAAAACUUCUAAACUGCAUUCAUUAUGUAAUGUCUUUAUCGACACAUUUGUGCUAAAAGAGCACAUGCACGUCGCCACAAAAGAAUAGCACUUACUGAAAACAUUUGCCAUACAACAUUUUAUAAAUUAGCUUUACAACUUACAAAUGUUUGGUUUGUUCUGUAAGCCUGCAUGGAUUGCCAUGUUCUCAUAUUUUGCAGUAAAGUGUUUUAUAAUCAUUUUUUUAAAUAUAAAGGACAAAAAAGGGACAAAAACAUUUUUAUAUUUUUGUGCAUUAUGAAUGUGCUCCACAUACAUUUAUGUCAUGCAACCAUGUAAUAAACCAUGUAAUAAACAGCAUGAAUUCUGAACACUUUGAGUAUCACUCAACACUUAUACAGCAGCAGUUCUCCAAUGCGUUCUUACAUGUUUGUUGAAUAAGUCCAAAAUAUUCCUUUUGGUGUAGUUUUUUUAAAUCUAAGUCUCAAAUACUCAGAUGAAGUAUAAAACGUACCAAAUUCUUUGGAAAAAAGGGUUGAACUAAUAAAGCAAAGGUUUCUCCCA